GGGAAAGUGUCUGGUUCUCGGAGAAUCCCUGGAGCGGGGUGCGGGGGCGCACCCGGCACAAAAUGGUUAAAAAAGUCCACGCGCGCCUAGGGGCCCCUCUUAUGAAAAGUCUGCGCGCCAGCGCCUGGGCACCCCCUUUGCUGAUUUGAGGGAUUACCGAGAGGAUGGGAUGGAUCUAGGCAGUGACGCCGGCAGCAGCAGCAGCAGCAGCAGCCGCACCAGUUCGCAGUCCAACUCCACCAAAGUGACCCCUUGCUCCGAGUGCAAAUCCUCGUCGUCGCCGGGGGGCAGCCUGGACUUGGUGUCUGCCCUGGAGGACUAUGAAGAGCCCUUCCCGGUCUACCAGAAGAAGGUGAUUGAUGAGUGGGCGCCGGAGGAGGACGGGGAGGAGAAGGAAGAGGAGGACGGGCGCCACGAGCGAGGGUGCAGGGAUGACCGCUGUCCGGCCCGGGAGCCGGGGGACGUGAGCGCCGGGCCCCGCAGCGGCGGGGGCAGGAGCGCCACCACCGCCAUGCCGCCCCCGGUGCCCAACGGCAACCUCCACCCGCACGACCCCCAGGACCUCAGGCACAAUGGCAACGUGGUGGUAGCCGGCCGGCCGAGCGGCUCCCGGGCCCCGCGCCGCGCGGUCCAGAAGCCCCAGCCGGCAGGGGGCCGGCGCGUCGGCCGGGGCCCGGCGGCCGGGGGCCUCUGCCUUCAGCCCACGGACAGCAGGACGUGCGUCCCUGAGGAGCCCCCGGCUCCCCCUAUGGACUGGGAGGCGCUGGAGAAGCAUCUGGCCGGGUUGCAGUUCCGGGAGCAGGAGGUGCGGAACCAAGGCCAGGCGAGGACCAACUCCACCUCCGCACAAAAAAAUGAGAGGGAAUCUAUCCGACAGAAGUUGGCACUGGGAAGCUUCUUUGACGAUGGCCCAGGAAUUUAUACCAGCUGUAGCAAAAGCGGGAAGCCAAGCCUUUCCUCCCGCCUGCAGAGCGGGAUGAACCUGCAGAUCUGCUUUGUCAACGACAGCGGCAGUGACAAGGACAGCGAUGCUGACGACAGCAAGACCGAAACCAGCCUGGACACCCCCUUGUCUCCCAUGAGCAAACAGAGUUCUUCCUACUCAGAUAGAGACACUACUGAAGAGGAAUCCGAAUCCCUGGAUGACAUGGAUUUCCUCACAAGGCAAAAGAAACUGCAAGCCGAAGCCAAAAUGGCCCUUGCCAUGGCCAAACCAAUGGCCAAAAUGCAAGUAGAAGUGGAAAAACAGAACAGGAAAAAGUCUCCCGUCGCUGAUCUCCUGCCACACAUGCCUCAUAUAAGUGAGUGCUUGAUGAAAAGAAGUUUAAAGCCCACUGACCUGAGAGACAUGACUAUUGGGCAGCUACAAGUGAUAGUCAAUGAUCUCCACUCCCAGAUAGAAAGCUUGAACGAAGAGCUGGUCCAGCUGCUCCUUAUCCGAGACGAGCUGCAUACGGAGCAGGACGCCAUGCUGGUGGACAUCGAGGACUUGACCAGACAUGCCGAGAGUCAACAGAAGCACCUGGCCGAGAAAAUGCCUGCAAAGUGAAAAGAAGCCAUCCAACCAGAGGACAAACUAGACUUUCUUUUGCUUCUGUGGUUGUAAAAAUGCUGUUGCUAAAGGUGGCACAGAAACAAACAAAUAUCAGUGUUAGUCAUUGAUAAUGUCUGAAGCUUAACGUCCAGUGAUUGGCCUUUGCUUCUUAAUUUAUUUUAAUUUUUUUACUGUGCCACUCAAUAUCAGGCAUUUUAAUAAAAUAUUGUUACAAAAAAAUGUAUAGUACUUACACCACCACAAGUCAUGGUUAAUCAAAGAGGGUAGUUUUAACUUUAUUUUUAUUUGUUUAGAGAUUAUGAGUUGGAGCAGUAUUUUACCAUUGACUGCUGUCAUUCUUCACUGUAGUUUUAAAGAAGAACUGUAAAUGACGGUGCUAUCCAAGUCAAAAAAUACAUGCCUGCCUCGUAGUGAAGUUGUAGCUCUCCGUAAUAUGUAUAUUUUAAUCAGUUUUCAACAUUUUGUGAAUGUUGACUACCUGAAGUUCAUUUUUAGAUGUGCUAUUAACAUUCUGUUGGAUUCAGAGGGUUCCUUAAAAGUUUUAUGUAUAAAUAUGUAAAAUAAAGAUUAAAACUUUGUUUCAUAGGA